AUGGUGUUCUCUUGUGGGCUCAAAGACAUGCGUACAACUCCCGAGAACAUGCUCUUCGAAUCCUACAUCCCAGAUGGAAUGAAUUUUUGGGUGGAGUUCAUGCUAGAGCAUAUCCCUGCCUACGGAUUGAUGUUGCUCGAAAUAGCUUUAGACUUUUUGAUCUGUACGAUUAUUUCAUUGACCACGCUACAGUUUAAACUGCUUGGAUACGAAUUGGAGACAAUAUUCUGUAACCCAGAAGAUACAAGUCAUCAGACAUCCGAAAAAAUACGAAGGUGUAAUCUACAUCAUACGUUUCUUUUAAGUUUCAGAUCAAAGGUGAACGAUGCUUUCUCAUUGCUUAUGUUGGCAUACAUUGGCGUGGUUGUUAUGAUUCUAUGCAUGGAAAUAUAUCUGAUGUUUCAAAUGUAA